AUGGCUGCAACUGGCACUUCAUUUGUUAAAGUACAGAGGAAUUUGCAGAGGUUUACAACAGUUCUACAAUCUGCAGCUUGUGAAUGGUUUUUGAUCUUUCUGCUGCUCAUUGAUGCUGUACUCUCGUAUCUGCUGACAAAAUUUGCAAGUUAUUGCAGAUUGCAAAUACCUUGCAUGUUUUGUUCCAGGCUUGAUCAUUUUCUGGGCGAUGAAAAAUCUGGAUUUUAUAAAAAUGCAAUUUGCAGCAACCAUAGAUCAGAAAUAUCAUCAUUGAUUUCUUGUCACAUUCAUGGGAAGCUUGCUGAUGGCUAUGGGAUGUGUGAGGAAUGUCUAUUGUCUUCCAUUAUGAAAAGCAAAUCAAGUGCAGACAUCAACAGACUGUUGAUGGGUAAGUUUGGGUUUGACAUUGGCGCUUGUGGUUUUGAGAACUAUGUGCGGAACAGGGAACUUGUUUCUAGUUCUGUUGGUACGAGGAUGUGCUCAUGUUGCAAUAAGCCUUGGAGAUCAAGACAACCUUCCAACAGAAUUGUGCAACUGAAAUCACCUAGGAGUGGGAUGACUAAGCCUAAUAUUCCUAUGCCCCGUCAUUUGACCCACCGCGAAAAUAUAAAGAAAAUGCGAGAUAAUUUUCCUGGGUCUGUAACGUCUCACCGUCUUGUAAGGUGUGGUUACAAUCCCCGGUCUCAUGUAGCAUACACUGAGCUCAAGUUCACUUCUGAUUCUGAGUCUGAAUUGCCGUUUUCUGAUGAUGAUGAGGGCAGUAGUAUUGGUCACAAAAUGAAGGAGCUGAAGGAAGAGUCUAUAGUUCCACCCAAAACACUGACUGAUGGUAUAGCCUCAGAGAAGAUGACUUCUCAUUCCUUGAAAAGCUUGGCUUCUGAUGUUGAGCUUAACCAGCGGCAAGCUGAUCAUGAAAAUCAUCCCUCUGCACUACCUGAGCUUAUUUCUUUAGAUGAUUGUCCUUCUUCAACCAGUGUAAUGGAUGCUCCUGUUGGAGUGUCAUCAGUGAGAAGUGAGCUCAAGUUUCCUUUCUCUCAGAAUUACAAUCUUUCUGCACUCUCUGAUCUCAUGUCACUAGUAGUUCCCUCAUCAUUUAAUGCUGUUGAAGGUCCUUUGGAAGCAUCAGAUAGGAAGUCACACGACCCUGGGACAGGUGACAGACAAGACAUAUCCAUCAACAAGCAUAAGGAAAUUUCCAAAAUAACUGCAUCAACCAGAGGAGGUGGUCAGGUUGCUAAUGAAGUGCCUUCUAUAAAUUCACGUAAUGUGGAUCUGAUUGACAUGGGGAAGCCUGCUGCCAGUGGCAAGGAUGGAGAAUCAAGCACUUCUAUGGCAGAAAAACAGAAUGUGAAUGAACCUGAAAUAGUUGAUGAAAAUUUGGAGUUGCCAACAGAAAAUGUUUUUGCUGAAGGGCCUGAUUUAUCUUUGAAUAAUACUGUCACCAGGAUCGAAGGUCAUGGUGAUGAAUUGCAGAUGAAUGAUGCUUUGAGAUCUAAUGGAGUUCAGACGCUUAAGCCAGAGAGAGCUGAGUCAUCCAGUCUUGAGUCUCUUGAUGGAAGCUUGGUCAGUGAGAUUGAAGGUGAAAGUAUUGUUGAUCGGUUAAAGCGACAAGUGGAGUACGAUAGGAGACGCAUAAGCUCUUUGUAUGAGGAAUUAGAGGAAGAAAGAAGUGCUUCAGCAAUUGCUGCAAAUCAGGCAAUGGCCAUGAUCACAAGGUUGCAAGAAGAGAAGGCAGCACUUCAUAUGGAGGCCCUGCAGUACCUAAGAAUGAUGGAAGAGCAAGCAGAGUAUGAUGUAGAGGCUCUCGAGAAAGCUAAUGAUCUCCUGGCUGAGAAGGAGAAAGAAAUACAGGACUUGGAAGCAGAGAUAGACCUUUUGCGAUUAAACUUCCCCAAUGAAUCAAUGGCGGAGACCAUACAUGCGGAAAGUUACGAUCUGAGAAAUAUGAGUUUAGAGAAAACUCCCAAAUGCUAUGAUGAUACCAAUGUUCCUUCUAGCUCAUCGUUUAGGAAGGCCUUGAAUGAUAGUGAGAAACCAGCUAGUGUCAAAUCUUCUUUGUCAGAAUAUGAAAAUCAAAAAUUGCUCAUUUCAAAACGUUUGAAGAGUUUGGAGAGGAAACUUCAUCAAUUUGCAUCUCACGGGGCUUCACAAUUCAUUUCGAAUAGUGACUAUUCUGAGGAAGCAGCUCAUGGAGGGCUUAAUGAGAGAGAAUCUCUCAACCAUGAGGAUGCUGCAAUUGGCAAAGAUCAAGUUGUUAGUAACGAAUGUAAUUGUCCUGUUUUUGAUGGACAAAAUUCCUCCAAGCAACAUAAAGAAAUUGAUUUGGUUGUUCUUGAAAAUGAAAUCUCAGACCUUUAUGGAAGGUUGGAAGCACUUGAAUUUGAUAGGAUUUUUCUGGAGCAUGCUUUGAAUUCUCUUCAAUCUGGAAACGAGGGACUACAAUUUGUUCAAGAAAUAGCUCAUCAUCUGCAAGAAUUGCGGAAAAUUGGGAUGAGAAAUAGUGACCAAUCUAUUCCUUGA